GUUCACCUCUUUUUCUCUCUUUGGAAAACAAAACGAAUCAAAAUUUUUUUUCUGGAAAAUUGAAAACGAACUAUAGAUAGGUUGAAUUGUUUCUUUAAAAUUUGUUUUAUUAAAUGAAUGGAAAUGAAAGAGAAGAAGUGAAGAUGGAGGAAUGUAAAGAAACAGCGGUUUAUAUGUGGGGAUAUUUACCGGGAGCUUUGCCGGAUAAAUUGUCUACGGUUCGCGUCCGGUUAUCGGCUUCGAUUCACGGUGGCGCUUCGUCGUGGAAGGACGUUUGUGGUGGUGGUUGUGGAUUUGCUAUGGCCAUUUCAGAGUUAGAUUGUGGGAAGCUGAUAACAUGGGGUUCAACAGAUGAUGAAGGGCAAAGCUACUUGACAUCAGGGAAGCAUGGGGAAACACCAGAGCCAUUUCCUCUUCCAACUGAAGCUUCAAUAGUGAAGGCAGCUGCUGGCUGGGCUCAUUGUGUUUCAGUAACAGAUACAGGCGAAGUGUACACAUGGGGCUGGAAAGAGUGUGUACCCUUAGUGAAAGUCACCCAUGAUUUGAUUACUGGAGGGAGCUUUCAAAAGGAUAUUGUUGGAAAACAGAGUACUUUUCAAAGUGAACAAGUGAGUCCAAAGUCUCGAGGCCUGAAUGUAAGUGGUGGAACAAUUUCUCAAACAGAAAAUCGAAAGGCUGGGGAGGAAAUGGCAAAGCGAAGAAGAAUAUCUGUGGCAAAAGGAGAACAAGAAAGCUUAACUUCUGGAGAUGAGUUUUUCACAUUGUCUCCCUGUGUUGUGACUCUGGGUCCAGGAGUAAGGAUGAGAAGUGUCGCUGCUGGCGGUCGCCACACUUUAGUAUUGUCAGGUUUUAUGAAGUAUGAAGAUAUGGAAGAUAUUUUAUCUAAAUCAAGACACCUGAUGCAUCAUGUUUUUACCGGGGUUUCAGAUGUGGGACAGGUGUGGGGUUGGGGCUAUGGGGGCGAAGGACAACUAGGCCUGGGUUCCCGAAUAAAAAUGGUGUCUUCUCCUCACCUCAUUCCAUGUAUUGAGCAAACUACUUCUGGAAAAGAUAGGUCUCUAGCUGUUCAGCAAGGAAGCAUGAAUUCACAAACGCAACUUUCUAAAGCAGCCAGAAGCAAUGUGAAGGAAAUCGCUUGUGGAGAUGCUGGAGCUCUACUUAAAUUUGGUUGGGGGCUAUAUGAGCAGUGUGGCCAAGGAAGUACAACGGAUCUUCUGAGACCAACUUGCAUUUCCUCUUUAUCUUGUAUUCAAGUAGCAGGAGUUGCAGCUGGGCUAUGGCAUACUGUGUGCAUAGAUGUUGAUGGUCAGGUAUAUACCUUUGGAGGAAAUCAGUUUGGACAGUUGGGUACUGAUGCUGAGCAGGUUGAGACAUCACCAAAGCGAUUGGAUGCAGCAAGUUUGGAGGGCAAGCAUGCCAAGAUGGUAUCAUUUGGGGCCCGUCACAGCACUAUACUUACAGAUGAUGGCCAAGUACUUAGCUGGGGAUGGAAUAAGUAUGGCCAGCUUGGUCUGGAUGAUACAAUCGACCGUAAUAUCUCUGCCCAGGUUCCUAUAGAUGGUUGCCAACCAAAACAUAUCGCCUGUGGUUGGUGGCACACGCUAUUGCUAGCAGAAACACCAAUUUGAGCCCCAAAUUCUUGACAAGAUCCAAGAGGAACAAUUUUGGUAGAAUAGAGAUGUACUGACUGGUCAUGUUUCUUUGAUGGACUCAUCUCUUAGUGUACGAAUGUAAAUAAAGUUUGCUGUCUGCAAUCCUUAUAAGCAUGUGGUCAUUCUUUCAGAAGCUAGUUCGUCUAUAACAGCAGAUUGUAGUGCCAACUGCAUUAAUUUGUUCACAAACAAUAAAUACGUGUACUGAUACAUUGACAAUCAGGAGGUUUGCCAUUCCUUUGCCUGGUAAUGCAAAGUUGUGUGGACAAAUAUGCAUACAUUUUGCUCAUGAAAAUCUCCUCAAUAAGUGUAAAAAGAGGAGAGUGAGUUUUUCAUUAUUGAAUUAAAUCUUGCUUGAAAUAGUAUUCCUUUGA